UCUUGGGAUCGUUAUCGGGAUUGUUCUCGGGAUCGUUAUUUAUUGCGAAUCAAUGCGGUCGACCCGAGCUGUCCUUCCAGCUUCAGCGGGUUCGUUCUUCGAAGUACAGAAGCUAUGCGUCGUCGUGGUUGUUCUACAGCCCGUCCGCAGGAUUUGUUCAGUUAAUUAUCCGUGGAUCGUUCUACAGCACGUUCUUCUUCGGAUCGUUCUACAACCCGUUCUUGGGACGCGUUCUUCUACUACUACCGUACGACCGAUCCUUGCGUUCUCCGAGCUGUUCGGCGGGUCGCACUCCGAAGUACCGUGAGAUAAACGGGGGUUCAAAUGGUGAAAGUAUUCUAGAUAUUCGCUCCCCAUCCCCCACUUCCCACCCACUAACCUACCCUCUAAAUUGAAAUAAUGGUAAUUUUUUUAUUUUGGUGGGCCCUUUGCUAUGCUUAUACUACCAAGUACAUCGACGCAUUGUUGUACAUUCUACAGGCCGCAAGAAAAAAAGUAGACAGAGGUCCUGUGUCCAAAGUUGGCAGGAGUCCCGCACCCAUCGCUGCUCAACACGCACGGUACUAACGGCGGGAAGGAGAGAAACAUUCAUCUUGUCUCUCAAGAGCGACCAAUCGAUUGGCCUCAUGAUACUAAUUGCCUGCCGUUGACCUGUAACUGCUGUCGUUUGGUUUCGUGUACUGCUGCCUCCCAGGUGGCCAGGAAACCCCCCGGUUUCGGCUUCGUGUACAUGGACGACCCGCUUGACGCCAGGGAUGCCGUCAAGGGGCUGCACGGCACCACUCUUCACGGCAGCGUGCUCCGCAUCGAGAUAUCGGCCAACAACAAGAACAAGCUUGGACCCCGCGGGGGUUACAGGGAGAGGAAGGAGCUCGCCUAUGAUGGAAGGGCCUCUACGAGGGACAGGGACAGGCACCGCUCUCGCUCUCGCUCCCGCUCCUUGAGCCGAGACCGUGACAGGGGGCGCCGCGACAGGGACCGCGACUACGGCUACGGCGGGAGGGGGGGUAGGGACAGAGACCGCGACUACGACAGGGAUGACAGGGACAGGGGACGCGAUCGGGACAGGGAUGGCAGGGGCAGGGACUACGCCCGCGAUAGCGGGCUGCGUGGUGGUCCUGACCGUUACUCUCAGAAGAAGGGUCCCCGUCGGACGGACUACCGUGUCAACCUCUCCGGCCUACCCUCCGGCACCUCUUGGCAGGACAUCAAGAGCCUGUUCCGCAAGUACGCGGAGCCGGGCUAUGUUCAGAUCUACACCAAGGGCGAGGGGCUGGUAGAGUUUAACUCGCUGGACGAGAUGGAGCACGUCAUCAGGAAGCUGGACAACACCAAGUUCGACGGGGAAUACAUCCGUCUCAUCGAGGACCCCAAGUGUAAGGCCAGGCGUGACGAAAACCCCAGCCCUCCCCGGAAGAGUCGCCGCUCUCCCUCUCCUUCCCGGUCCCGAUCGAGGUCCCGAUCCAAGUCCAGACCCGUGAAGCGCAAGAGGCAGCGCAGCGCUAGCCGUUCUCGCUCUCGCUCUCGCUACUCCCGAUCAAGGUCAAGGUCGAGGUCGCGCUCCAGGCCCAAGCGGAGCCGCAAGCGCUCCGCUCGCAGCCGCAGCCGCAGCCGCAGCGCCAGUCGCAGUCGCAGUCGCAGUGGAAGUGAUGCCGGGCGCCGCAACGGAAAGGGGAAGGGGAAGGAUAGCUCCCCAGCAGACGAUCAUGACAAGGAGAGCGAGGGCGAGGGCGAGGAGGACAACGCCUCUGCGGCGGAGAACGGAGCAAACGGUGCCACGAGCAACGGCAGCCACAGCCAGGAGGAAGAGGGGGACGGGGGGGAGGAAGGAGGAGACGAAGAUGAGCCCGAAGGAGAGGAGGAUGAGAACGAGGUCGAGUCUGAUGCAGGGGAUGACCAAGAAGAAGAGAACGGUGCACAAGAGAACGGACACGUUUCAUCGGACUGAUUUGAUUGACUUCGCGAUGACUUCGAGUAGAAAAGUCUUGGUUCGAGAUGUGGUUGUGUUGUGUGUUGGUGUAAGGCCCUAUUGAUAUCUCGAACUUGGAAGGAAGGGUAUUGCAGGUGUAAAGGUGUUGCUGUAGUCAGUAGUCGGUUGCGCUUCGCAUUGGUCAGCUUGACCAGCCAGACCUGCUGCUAGCCCUCAUCACUCCUGCUUGGCACGCUGUCAUAUCACAUGAAAGUAUCAGUUUCAGCGUGUUUUUUUUGUUUUGUCGCGCAUGGGGGGGACACUAUUGCAAUGGAGGGGAGAGAAGGCACAACAGAAUUCGCCGUUCGCUGUGACAGGCUGUGGUCGAGAGAGCAUGGUUGAGUUACGGAUAUUCCGGAUCGCAUGUCCCCAGGGUAUUUAGCGUUGAAAGGGGGGUCGAUUCCAGAACAUGAUGCAUGUUGAAUUCGUGUUGUUUGUUCGAAGGACGAGCGGAGAACCGCAUACAGUAGUUCGUGUGACCGCCAUUGUUCAGCAUAUGGCAUGUGGACGGAACAGGGGGGAAUUUCUGUGUGCACGAGCAUAGCACAAGCUUUUGAGUCGCAAUUCGUCAUUUUUCCCAC